AUGACCCCAACACUUUUUUCUAUUGUUUCUGCAUUUUACUCCAGUCUAAUAGGCCUCGCCCUUAAUCGAUCACACCUAAUUCUUGCCCUUUUAUGCCUGGAGGGAGCAAUACUUUCAGUCUUUCUUAUACUCUCCAUGUGAUCAGCCUUCCAAGGACCCUACUCAAUCGCAGGCACCCCAUUAAUUUUACUCGCCUUAGCUGCCUGUGAAGCAGGCACGGGCCUGGCACUGAUAGUCGCCACAGCACGAACUCAUGGGGCCGACCAUCUAAAAAGCUUAAAUCUUCUACAAUGCUAA